ACCUUGCGUCAUCAAGUGUUGCACCUCAUUGUUCGUGUGUAUUCGCGACGAUUUGCACGCCGCCGCGACAUCACUCGCUCGUAAGGCAUCGUAGACAAUCGUAAUCGUAAAACACAAUAUAUAAUAUUUAUAAAAAAAAUUAUAAAACGGGUUCUGCAAUUUCCGGUUUUAUGAAUUAUUCAGUUUGUUUUAAUCGACAUUUGAUUGUUGUGUUGUAAAAAAAAAAAAACAGUUGAUCGCCAUUUUUCCAACGAAAUUCAUUAUUUGUUAACCGUGAAAAACAUAUGGAUUCGCAGAUAUGAACAACGAAGAAGAAGUGCAAAGAGUAUUUAGAGGUGAAUUAGAUUCAGCAAAAUGGGCUAUUCCCAGAUUAGUCAAGGUAUUCAUUGCAUCCACUAAAAACGAUUUUAUAGAAGAACGGAGAUGUAUUUUAGAAAACGUUGGACCAGAUUUACAAAACAUGUACGAUUCGACAGGAUUGGAGGUCGAAUUUGUCGACAUGCAUUACGGAAGCGAACAAGACCCUUUGAAAAAUCCAAUUCUAUUUGCGGAACAUUUAGAAGAAAUAAAAAAUUGUGAAAAUGUUUCUCGAGGAUGUUUUUUCAUCUGUCUAGUGGGAGAUGAACAACAAUCUUGUCCUUUACCAAUGAAAAUGACAGAGGAUGCAUAUGAACAACUAAAAGAUGUUGCGCAAGAACUAAACUUGGAGUGGUCCAUUGUAGAGAGUACUUAUAAGAGAGAUUCUUCCAGCGGCCACUUCAUUCUUCUAAACCCAGAUUAUAAUAGCUCAGAAAGUGUUCGCAUUUGGUCAGAUAUUAAUGAAAAAGCCCUCGCAAUAUUACAAGAAGCGUCUCAAGAGUUACUAAGUGGAGGAUUAAUGGUUGACCCUCAAAUAUUCCAUUCCGCAGUUCAACAUCAAACAUUACAUGCUCUAGAUUUGGAUAAAGAACACAUGGUCGUUUAUAGUAGAGAAUUCACAGGACGACGAAAGUAUGAUAGUUAUCCAGAUGAAACGACUAUAUCAUUUAAACAGCUUUUAAAAGAUACUAUACCUUCAGAUAAUCUUAUAGAACUAAGUGUUGAAUGGAAACCAGGAGGUAUUGAUGGCGAACAUCCUGAGCAUGAUAUGUAUCUUACAAUAUUUCAAGAAGCUAUCAUGUCCAAGAUGCAAAGCAUGAUAAAUAAUAGUAUAGAAAAAAGACCCGAGUUGAAUGCAAGAAACAAAACUAUUCAAGAAGUACUUAAAGAAACAAUUGUUCAUAUUUCUCAUUGUAAAGAACUAAUCAAAUUGAAUCCUCCAAAUCCUAAUUUAGACGCAGUUGAAAAAAUUAAAAAAAUGAUGUCUACCUCAAAUAAACACGGUCCUAUAAUAGUUAAAGGAGGCUUAGGUUCUGGUAAAACUUCCAUUAUCACUACAAUUUAUCAGGAAUGUAAAAAGUGGUUUGACAAAAAUCUUUUAAGAAUAAUUCGAUUUUCUGGAGUCACUCCUAGAGCAUCAUAUAAUCUAGAACUACUUCGAAUUAUUUGUCAACAACUAACUUAUUUACUUCAACCGAAUGGGAUUUGUGUUCCAUUAGAUGCAUCAUUUGACCCUUUAUAUGUUAGUGAUUGGUUUCAAACAUUAUUAAGAAGAUUUGAAGAAGAAUGCAGAACACAAACAUUAGUGUUAUUUAUCGAUGACUUGCAUCGAUUAAAUCCACUAGAUUCGGAUAUAGUUGCAGGAUUAUCUUGGUUACCAACAAUGUUACCUUUUAAUGUUCAUAUAAUUUGUACAACUUUACAUACUCCAGAUGACUUGAAAAUGACUCCACUACAAAAAGAAAGAUUUAAAAACUCUGACUUUUAUUUUGUACUGCCCGACUCAAAUAUAGAGACAAUCAAAAUUAACAUUAACAAUAUGCUAGAUAAUUAUGAAAAAAGUUUUGGUGUUAAUGCUAUUACUAGAUUAGCUUCAUAUAUAUCAGUGUCCGAAUUCGGUUUGACAGAAACCGAACUUCUUGAAUUAUUAAUGCCCACAACUGGUGAUUUUGGAUCAUCUCUAAAGCUUGAAGAUGGCAAUUUUAACUUUUCUACAUUUUGUACAGCAAAAAAAACUAUCAUGCCACUUUUAUUCGAAAAAUUUAUGAGUGGACGAAUAUUGUUGUGUUGGAGAAACAAAAUAACAUUUGAUGUAGUUAGACAUCGAUACUUGACAUCAAAAACUCAACAAAAGUUUCUACACUCAGAUAUAGCAAACUUGUUUUUUAGUGAAUUUUCUAAAGAUGAAUCAGAAGCGAAAACUGAAAAUUCUAUUAGUAAAGAUGGGGAAACUAUUAUUCAUAAUGAUAUGACUUAUAGUCUUAGACACGUAGAAGAAUCAUGGAUACAUCUUUUAAAAGCUGGUGAUAAUCAACGAUUAAAAGAACUAACUUUGUGUAAUUUCGACUUUCUAUUGGCUGCUGUUCGAACCAUUUCGGUUAGUUAUCUAAGAUCAAUUUUAGAACAUGCCCGUUGUUAUGUAUUAGAUAGGGAUGUCGAAUUGGUUUACUAUACCGUAAGAAAAUCUAGUGACGUACUAACCAGAGAUACACUUCAACUUGGAGCACAGAUCAUUUGUUGGCUGAGACCUGUUGCUGAUAGUAGUAAAUUAAUGCAUCGAAUCAUACGUUGUUCAGUAUCAUGGUGUGACGGAUUCACUGACCCUUUACUAGUACCUCAUACCAGUUGGUUACAGCCACCUUUGCCACUCCACAUUAAAUGUGUGAAUUGUGGUAUUCCAAUAACCUAUAUUGCACCUACGCCUUCUGCACAACAUGUGGUCGUUGUUCCAAAAGAAGGAGACGCUCAACUCUGGCAUACGAUGGGUAAUAUAAGAGUUAAUACUUUUCAAGGUCAUCAAAAACCUAUAAAAUGCUUAAGUAUAAAUAAAAAUCCACAAUUAUUGGUGACUGGUUCUGAAGAUCGUAGUGUUUUAGUUUGGGAUUUAAACACAUAUGCUUUAGUAAUAAAAUAUACAGAAUUGGAAUCACUUGUUUUAAGUUUAUGCGUGGCAACAAUCUUUGAUGGGGGCAAUAAAGAGCUCGGAGUAGUUCUAGGUUGCGAAAAUAAUAAAAUAUUAUUAUUUACAUUAAAAGGUAAAAUGGUUAAAAUAAUAGAAUAUCACAAAGGUCCUGUAACAGCAGUACAGCUAACAUCGCAAGAUGUUUUAGUCACAGGUUCUCGAGACUGUACUGUCUGUUUGUGGGAAAUGGAUACUCUCGAUUUACUUAACACAAUUUCUUUGCCAGGCCCUUUACAAAUGUUGGAUAUUUCGAUUGAUUCAAUGUUUCUUUUGGUACUUUGUGAAGGAAAUCAACUACUAUUACAUGCUCUAGCUACUGGAACACUCAUUCAUACAUUAAAAGGAUAUUGCUCGAAAGUAAUGUCAAUCGCAUUAGCAGAAGAUUGUCAACGAGCAGUGGUUGCUGGUGUAGAUUCUAGAGUAUACAUUUAUGAUAUACAUUCAGGAGAUUUAGAUCUUGUCCCCAUAUCAACAUCACCACAUCAUAAAGAAGUAAUCGCUGUUAAAAUAACUAAUAAUGAUGAUUUCCUAGUCACCGCAGGAGAUGGAAAAAUAGCUUAUUGGAAUUUUAGAAAAAUGGGAAACGCUCAAGUAAUCAAUAAACAUCCAUCAUCGUUAUCUAAAAAACCCCACACGAUGGCUAUAACGUGUUUAGAUAUUUCUAGAGAUGGAACCAUGGCAGUAACAGGUGGACUCGACAGUUUAGUGAAUGUUUGGAAUUUAAAUGUAGAAAGUUUAGAAAAUGUCUAUCAUCUUAACAAUAAUGAAUUGCAUUCGACUAUGCAUGGUCACAGUGCAGCUAUAACAUGUCUUGCAAUUGCAUCCAAUGGGUUAUUUGCUGUUUCUGGUUCAGAAGAUAAACUAGUUUUAGUAUGGGGUUUGACCGUAGGCAAUGCAGUAUUCACAUUUAGCGGGCAUCAAUCUGCUAUAACUGCAGUAGAAGUUACAUCUGACAGUGAAAAAGUGGUGUCAAGCGAUAAAGCUGGGGUUAUAGCUGUUUGGUUAUCCGAUAAUGGUACUUUAUUGAAUUCGGUUAUUUGCCCAGCAACACACUUGUCAGUGACCAAUAAUAUGAAAUACUUAGUCAGCGGAGACAGUCAUUUUUCAUUACAUAUUUGGCCACUUGCUGUCAAAAAUGGUGGACCUUGGACAGAAAAAUGGCCGGUCAGUCAUACAGAGGAGAUAACUUGUUUUGUUAUUACAUACGACUCACUGCAAAUAAUUACAGGAUCCAAAGAUAUGUCACUUAAAGUAUGGCAAAUCAAUGGCGGUAAACUAUCGCAGGUAUUAGUGGGACAUGAAGACCAAGUUACAUGCGUAGCAGUAGCUAUAAGCGAUAAAUCAAUUGUUGUAUCAGGUUCAUGGGAUGCUAACCUUAUAAUAUGGGAUAUCCAUACUGGUGAUGAUAGGCACUUACUAACUGGACAUUUAGGUCACGUGACUUGUGUAAAACUUAGUGGCGAUGGAUCACUAGCCCUUUCUGGUUCAGAUGAUAAACGUAUAAUAGUAUGGGACACUAAACGAGGAGUAGCUCUAACUUCGCUACAACUACAUUUGCCCAUUCUUGAUUUGUCGAUGUCUACAGAUGUUACUCGAGUGGUGGUCCAUUUAUAUGAAAGCCAAUACUUGCCUAUCACUCAACUGAUGAAUACUCCAGCACAAUAUGUUAAAGUUCCCGUUUUUAUCAACCGAGAACCAAGGUCUAUGGCAGCUAAAAAACCAAUGCGAAGAAUGCUUAUCAAAGAAUAUUCAUUAGACUCAUAUACAUGGCAGAGAAAAUAUGCCCAUUUAACUUCAUCAAUAACACGUGCGGCAGUUGAUGAAAAAUUGAGACGGUUUUCAGUUUCCGCAAGUAUGGAAGAAAUAUCUAAACAAGCAACUAACAAUAGUGACAAUAUGGGAUCACAGAAUUUGGGUCCAGAACAAGCGGCUUUAGCACAAUCACAACAUUUUGAUCAGUUAAUAGCUGAAUGGAAUAACAAACGAUCACCAUCUAAAUCAACUAGUCGCCAAAAUGUGUUCUUAUCAAAACAAAACUCAAAAUCAAGUCGACAGCAUUCUGCAGAUGACGAGAGUCAUGCCAGUGAUGAUUACAUAUAAUGGCCAUCAAAGAUAUCACCGUUGAUAGCGCUCUAGACAAAUCCUUGUUUCACCACAUUGCAACCUUAUUGUGAUUAAAUAUUCAAUCAUUAUUCUUACUAGUUGUUAUAAGUUUUAUUAUAAAAUAUUAGUUUUUAAUGAACGCAAUAAAUGUAUUAAUAUUUAAGUCUUUAACAUGGUAUAGCUGAUGUUAGCCAUUAAUUCUAGUCAUUAUGUAAUUUAAUAUAGUUAAGUAUAGUUGAGGUUGAAAAAUUAUCAUAUAUUGAAAAUGUAAAAAAUCAAUCUGAAGGACCAAAACAUGUUAAAUUGCCUUUUAAUUUUAAAAAAAUGUAUUCAAGUCAACAUGAUUAAGGUUAGAAUGUUAAGUUUAUAACAUGAAUUAAAAAUCUAAUACUAAAAAUUGAUACUUAAAAUCCUUUAGUCAUAUUUGGGUUACUAAACUUUUUUUAUAAUUUUAAUCACUGAUCAGAAGUAAAAAAAACAGAUACUUAAAUUGUUUUGUUAUGUAGUUUAUAUCAAAUCUAAUACCUAGUUAAUAACUGGGUACAUACAAAUAUAUAUAUAUAUAUGAUCCCUGU